AUGAACGAUCAAGAAAAUUCGACACGUGGUGCUUUCCAGAUAUCUCAUAUACUGGGAACGUCGCUACGUUCAAGCGAGACUUCGGCAAGAGAACUGUUGGGAUCUUCAACAAAUCAAGCACGCUUGAUUCAGAGAGAAGAAGUAGAGAGCCUUAUUGAAGAAACAGAUAUACAACAAAGCGUUUACAAUUUCGCCCCCAAACUGUACAAACCGAGUGAUUCAUCUGCGUCAUCAUCUUCUACUCCUUUUCCGGAAUCAAGAAGAACGCUACCAAGUCUUCCAAAAUCUUUAUCCACGUCGAUAAUAUCUGCUGAGCAGUACUGCAAUAAGGGAAAUCAACCUGACAGCAUUUGGCAUUGGGAAAUUAUUGAUACAGAAAAUGAAUAUGUGCCAUCAUUUUAUCAUACUAAGCGAUAUCAUUCGGAUGGUUCCGUUCCAGUAGCUUAUAAACAUGCCAACUUAUUGCGAAUACCAAAUGAACAUACCAGAUAUACUCAAAACAGUCGAGUGGGUAACGAAAGGGAGAGUCGUCUUUCCUCUCCACUGCAGAAUAAGCAUCUAACUACUAAGCGUGAUAUUGGCAGUUCUACAUCAAAUGCGACAACUAGAAUCAAUACGUGUAAGAAAACGGUGUACAUAUGCUGAUUUGAGAUGUCGCAGAAAUGAUCGAAUUGAAGUUCGUCAACCUCUACAGAAGUUAAAUGUAAAUACACUGGGAAAAUGGAUUAGGCCAAAUAAAAAUAACUCAAAUGAGGCAGUGGAUUUCACACAAGCUGCAGCUGUCAAUCAGUCUUCACACCUUACUAUGCGAAAAUCAGCGAAAUCGGUUAGGAUAAAGGCUUUAAAUAUAAAAUUUCGUCAGAUGAAACCCAUAAUGAAUGGCGUGAAGAGCAGAAGAAACCGCCUACUUGUCAACCGAAUCAAAUAACGAAAAAUGAUUAUAAUUAAAUCGUUGUAGAUGACGCAUUCCUUGUGCCUUACUAUACGUGAUGAGAAGGUUGUCUUUCAGAUUGUUGAGUACAUUGUAAAGAUUGAUGCUUCAAAUGUUAUUGUUAUUAUUCAUAAAAGAUUAUGACUUUUGUUGGAAUGAAAAGAGAAAACAAGAAUGACGUUUUGAAAGUUUACGUUAAUCUUUCGCUUGUUCGAAUAUCAGCAAUGCUGUGUUACUUCUUUUUACUUACUGAAUUUGCGUAUGCAGACAAGAGAUUUCACUGGCGCAAUUAUCAUGCAAGCAUGUGCACAAUUGAUAAACAGUGUGAUAUCUCUAAAAUAUUUGUGUUUAUGGAGUUCAUCUUGUUAUAAGUCGUUCCUACGCUUAUUCUCAUCCAGGUGAUGGAUAGAAAUGAACAAACAAUUUGCCAUUUGUGUUGUUGUUGUUGUUCUUGUUUCUUUUACACAGUCUUUCGACUGUUUGUUCUUCUUGAUAAACUUUUUUUGUUAAAAUGUUGAAUAAAACGCGGUAUAAUGAUGAAGAAUUAAAGUGUUUUUAUUUUU